CUGUCGUGUCAGUCUGAUCUACGAAAUUACUAGUGCGGACGAGGUGUUGGAUGAGAUAGCAAUUAAACGACGGAAGAAACAUAGCUUCAUAGCUAUCCGAUGGCGGAGAUGAAACAUCUGAUACUGUUCUGCUUGUUAUCACCAGCAAUUUUCGCCUGGUCGGAUAAAAUUGAGAAUUUCAAUAAUGAUCCAUUUCUAACGACAUAUCCGGAAUACCCUUACAGCCACAAACUAAAGCGAGGCACCGAGACAGAAGAAAACACUCAAUUAACAUCGGAGCUGUACGCGCCGAAAGUCGACGCCAAGGACACCUAUAGCUCCAGCUACAACAACAAUUACCAAAGGGAUCCUUACAAUAAUCCUAAUUAUAAUCCGUAUCCCACAAAUGGCACAUCCCCGUUUGUCUAUCCCGCGUAUUAUAACGGUGGUGACUUAUAUGUGUACGCCAACGCGCCUGCUUAUAAUUCAUAUCCUGCCCCGUACGCGGUGAAUCCAGUGUCACCGUAUCCAAACUAUUACUAUCAACCGCCCUAUUACUACACUCAUUACUUCAAUCACGCUCUGUUCCCGCCACCGCCACCACCACCGGCGCAGCCACAGCCUCAGUCUCAGUCGCAACCGCAGCCGCAAUCGCAACCGCAAUCGCAGCCGCAGGUGCAGCCGCAGUUCCUAGGUAUCUAUUAUCAAGAGACACCGCAAGUUGCGGAAAACGACAAGCAAGACAAAAAGGUUGAGAAAGAAGAGACGAGCCAAGAUGCACAGGUGAAUCACUUCGUGGAUGGCGGAAACUACAUAGCCGGUAACUCACGAGACCUUGACGUGCAAUCCAGCACGUAUAAAGCGGCCAAUCCGUAUAAUCAACUCGCGCAAAAUGUUCAAGUGAAGAAUCUACCGAUAUCCUCGCCGAAGGUGACAUAUAAAGUCAUCAACGUAGAACAGCCAAUUAAUCAAGAUUACCAGCCGUCUACUGCAUACAUCAAUACUCAACAGAUUGAACAGGUGACGAGCCAAGCUUUUGCGGAUCUACUGGGACAGCAACAAGUCGGCAACACCUACGACACCAGUAGAGACGCUUCAAACGGUGAUGGAUCGUACAGUGGAUAUGAGAAUCAGGAUGUUUACAAUUCAAACGCGGCGUCGUAUGUGAGCCUUCCAGACGCGAGAAACAAAGCCGCUGUCACUUACGCGAUCGAUUCCGUCGGAAUCCCUAAGGUCAAUAGGGAACGUACGAAGCAGAGUUCGUCGAUUCAGAGGGCCUCGAGUAAGAACAAGUAUUCAAAUGCCCGAAAGCCAGGGUCGCGGAAUCAUUCCCAAGUGUCAUAUACGUCGCCCGAAAGUGGCAGCAAUCAUCGCGCUCAUGUAGCCAACACAAGACUGGCAGGUCAAACUGACAAAUACGGUAGUUACGACGCGUCACAGAAUUACGACGGUACUUACAGUCAGACAGGCCACAAGCAGGAGCAGAAUUAUGGAACCUAUCAAAAUCAAGCGGGUUCUUAUCAGAAUGAGGAUUUUACUGUUGCUCCUCAGACAACUCGAUCAUACAUUCAUCAGUACUCCGCUUACGACUCUGAUCAGCAGCAGCAAGAUGAGAUCAACGGCAAGUUUGGAGCAAAACAAUAGAGGAUAAAAUACAGCAAACACUCGAAACUGAUUUGAUACUAUUAUAUAUAAGUUGCACUGUUGUUAUUUCUUGUUGUUGAAUUGACGCGACUUCUUGUCCUAGCAAACUAAGUUAACUAAGCAACUGUAUAGAACAUCGCAUAUCAAACUUUGUUUUUACAUUUAUAAUGUAUUAAUUAUUUACGAAAAUACAUAGCUAAGUUAAGAAUUU